AUGGUUAACAUGAUCUAUAAUGGACCGGCUCGCCGCCCUCGAGUCCGCACAACACCAACCCAGCGCGAAAUCCUUCAGCAAGCUCGCUUUGACCAGAAAAUCCGCAAUGGUCAACGGCUGGGUGCUAUUCCUGAAGCUCCAACCCCUCUAGCUAGACCGACCAACCCCACAAACGAUGAUAUAACCAACCCUCCGGACGGAGCUAACCAUCAGAUGCCAUUUGAGGACAAUCUCCAAGACCCCGCGUGGCUGGAUGACGAUCCUAUCGUGGCUCAUGCUAGCUAUCAUCGAAUGCGCCGUUACGCUGAACGCCGAGAGAUCAUUAGCACCCAAUGGACACAAUUGGAGACCCAAGUCACAUCAGCUUACCUGCAGUGUCAACGUGAUACCUCCAACUGGACAUAUCAACCUCAAGGUUUACCAGCUGAGUUGUGUACCUGUUCAUCCGACGAUAUUCAUGAACGACAAGUAGAUCUCAUUGAUAUUCUCCCUUUUGUGAAAGCCCUCGCCGCCUUCCUGGUAUGCAAUCAUUCCAUUGCAGCUUGCUCGAUCCUUUCUCCAACCGAGCAUCCAAAACCUAGCAAGUCACACAAGAUCAUCUCUACCUCGUUGCCCUUUGCUCAUCCAGUCGCAGCCACACAUUGA